UUCAGCCGUAAGAAGAAACAAGUGUAUGAACUUCUAGUAGCCUAAUUCUCAUCCAGCGCUGGAUUCUGCAGCGUAGGAGACGGAGUUCAGUAUCAAUCCUCAGACGGAACCAAGCUUCCCAUCAGGCAUCAACUGCUCUGGUCUCUUUGUCCACUUUUAACGGGAUCGUACAUAUAGCAUUGUGAAAAUGGCAAAAUUGUGCAUCGUGGCUCAAGUUUUUCUUUAUCUUAACAUCGUUAAAGUAGACUUUGUGAACUCAUCCGAGCUGAACGGUGAUAUUCCCGCAGCAGAACCGGCAUUUGACAACCGCGCCGCUCCAGACAUGAUGACCAUUAAUAUGUACAGGGUUUAUGAUAAAUGCAGCAAGAAGCAUCACCACCAUCAUCAUCAACAACAAAAACAGACCGUAAACACGAUCAGAAGCUUCAGAGGCUUGACAGAGAUCUCCCAUCACAAGGUUUUGUUUCACUUUAACCUCACCUCUAUCCCUGAUUCGGAAGUGAUCCUGAAUUCAGCUAUACAUUUUCCCGACCAGCAAUCCCGCCACAGGUCCUGGUCCUGCCGGCGUUCCCGCGGAGCUGCGUGUCGCCUCCAGCACCUUCAGCCGCUCACCCCAGCACAUCUCAUCAUUAAGGGGGCAUCACCAAACGCUGCCAUGCCCUCUCGGUUGUCCAACUUCACAUUGUCCCCUAACAGAAAGGUGCUUUGGCAGAUUACGGAUAUAUCUUCAGCCGUCAAACAAGCCCAGGUUCAGGGUGAGCUGUUGAUCACUGCUGAGUUCGACUUCGGGAGCAGAUUCCAGAGACGCCAGGAUCGCUUGUCUCAUCACAGUUUGCCGUACAUUCUCGUGUAUGCUGAUGACAUUGCCAUAAACGAACCAAACAGCGUUGCCACGACUCUGCAAAGAUACAGUUCAUCUCCUGUGCCCGAGGGGAAAGACAAUAAACCUCACUCUGCAUUCUUAAAUUCAAGGAUCAGGAGAGAAGUGGACCACUUCCAGAGUAACUAUCUACCCGAUGUCCAAUACAAUGAUCUAAAGAACAGGGAGUUAUGGGAUACUGCCUUUAUUGCGAAAAGGCCCAAACCUUUGCCAAAGGGCAAGGAAAACCAUAAGGGGUUUAGAGGGUCCCAGGAGCUCAGCUUUGACGAGAAGACCAUGAAAAAAGCAAGACGCAAGCAAUGGAGCGAGCCGCGAAUGUGUGCACGCCGUUACCUGAGGGUAGACUUUGCCGACAUUGGUUGGAGUGAAUGGAUAUUAGCUCCAAAGGCGUUUGAUGCGUACUACUGUGCAGGAACCUGUGGCUUUCCAAUUCCAAAGGUUGUUCAACCGUCCAACCAUGCCACCAUCCAGAGUAUAGUGAGAGCUGUGGGAAUUGUCCCUGGAGUCCCGGAGCCGUGCUGCGUACCCAACAAUAUGGGUUCUCUGGCUGUGCUGUUUCUUGACACAAGCAAGAAUAUGGUACUGAAGGUCUACCCGAGCAUGUCUGUGGAGACCUGUGCCUGUCGAUAAGCCAGCCAGGUAGCUAACGGACAGUGAUCAAUAGACAUCAAUCAAAGAUCAUACUGUAUAUGAACUCAAGGGUGGGAGACAACUGUAAAUACUGAAGCACGUCAUAUUUUAACUUUAUUAUGUAUGCAAAUAAGACCUCAAAACAGUUCUAAGAUCUUUGUAUCCUGUUUUCACUCUUUUUACCUUGGAAUGAAUUGUAUAUAUCAGUAAUAUCAAUACUGAAAAAAUGGGAAAUAAAAAUUGUAAAUAAAUAAUUGUUAACUGUAUACAUCAGGGCUUUUUAGUUGGUCUGUAGCUAAGGAAGAAAAUGAAAAUGACCCCUUUAUGUACUCCAUGACUUCCUUUCUUAGGCUGACCACAGUUAUAUUCAAAUUAUAUUAAGCUAUAUUAAACAUUAUCCUGACUCGUCCUAGCUUUGCAGUACCAUUAAAUGGGGUCCAAAUAUGUUAAGCUCCUAAAAGCGCGUUCAUCCAUAAUAAAAGUAUUCCAUAUGUCCCCCGUGGGCUAAUACAUGUUUUCUGAGGUCAAAUUAUACAUUUCUGAGAGAAAAUGAUCAAUAUUUCAAGUUUAAAGGUCCAGUGUAUGAACUGUAACGCCAUCUAGGGGCGAGGUUACGAAUUGCAACCAACGGCUCCACCGCUCCCCAUCCCUUUUGAAGCAUUAUGGCGGCUGACUCAGAACUAAGACGUCGUCGCGUUUUCGGUUCUUUGCCGAAGGAGAUAACGUUUUUAUGAAACGCUCUUUAGAGCGAAAUAAAUGAAAUAAAAAAACUGUAGAUAGAAAUAGCUCAUUCUAAGGUAAUAAAAACAUAACAUUAUAUAAGGUCUCUAUACACCUCUGAAGACACAGUUAUGUAUAUUUUAUUGCAUUCCUGUCAAUAGAUCCUCCAAAAAAUUACACAUUAUUAAUUACACAAGUUUUCAAAUGUGGCACACUUCAAAUCUUUUUGGUUCUUGUGUGUCUCAGUCAUUGUGUACCACAAUGCAUAUAGCCAUUUUUAUUUGAUAAUGGGGUUUUUCAUUUUCCAGUGAACUGUUAUCUGUUUAACUUGCUAUUAAAGUAGAAUGGUACACUGCCGAAUCUAGCAUGGAAAUCAUAAUAAACCUCAACCACUUUUAGUCAUUUGUAAGAUGGAGGGUAUGAGAAUGUUUAGCAUACUGCUGCCAUCUAGUGUCCUGUGACUUUGAUAGUUCCAGCAUUAGUCUUUGUUGUUUGUUCCAUGUGCAGCCAAUGCAUCACUAGAUGGAUUGAGUAGCCAUAGGUAGUAAUAAGCAAUUUGAUACAUUUACAAAAUUAUCUGAAACUUGUAAUUAUUUAUUAUUUUUAACUGAAUUACAUAAUGAUUGUAUGCAAAAAGGUUUCUUCGUGUAAUUUAAUGCUGAAUCCCGGUGGAAUGUUUGUGA